AUGAAGUUUCUCAUUCUUUCCCUAUGCCUGUCUGUCUCGGCGGUGCCAGUUCCUUCUCCUGCCUCACUCAUUGACAUCAAUGCCAACAACAAUGACUUGAAGUUCCCUGUCAACGCUCUUGGUCUUCAGGGGAACGAUGUGAAUGCCCUCAACGGCAACCUGGCUGACAACUCAGCAAGUCUUUCAAAUGGACAGACAAAUAAUAAUGCUCCAAGCGGCAGCAAUGGAUCUGGCCCAAAGAAUGAAAACACCAAGGCCAACAGCGGCGGGACCACGACUACCAACAACGUCAACACCAACCAUGCGUCAAACUCGCUCGUUGGUGUCAACGCCAAUGGCAAUAAACUCGACUUCCCCGUCAAUGUCCUCGGUGGCCAGGCCAAUGGUGUGAAUGCUCUGAAUGGCAACCUGGCUGGUAACUCGGCAAGCGCUUCAAAUGAUCAGACCAACAACGGCCAGGAGGCACCAAGCCCCGUCAGCUCUCCUACCAAUACCAUCACGAACAAUAUCAACACCAAUGGGGAUGCCGAAAACACAAAUACCAACAUUAAUACCAGUCCUAAUGGCAACACAGUCAGUACCGGCACAGGCAACACCAACACGGCCAACACCAACACCAACACUAAUACCAACACUAAUACUGACGCCAAUGCAAACACGGCCAAUACCAAUGCCAAUGCCAAUGCCAAUGCCAAUACUAAUACCAACACCAAUAUUAAUGCAAAUGCCAACCCUGAUGCCAUUGUCAACAACACUAAUAACACCAAAACCAACACCACCAGCCCCAGUGUCAUCAAUACCAACUACGCUGGCACCAACACCACUGCCACCAAGACCGACAAAACCGCCGACAUCAAGACCAGCGACGCUCCCAACGCAGAGACUGACGCCAGCCCUGAGACCGACAGCGACAGCGACAACGAGACAGAGACCAGCGCCCCAGCCAACACCGGCUCGCAGCCCACUCCAGUCGCAGAGUCAUCUCCCGACAGCGCGCCAAACAACCAGGAGAACGGCGCCGCCCCAACCAAGGUCGUUACCUACACCGUCUCCCCAAUCCCUGUCAACAAUGUUGUUUCUGCCGCGCAACCUGGCUCCGUCGACGUUUCAAGCGUGGUCAACGCCAUGAAUGGUCUUACGGCCGCGAUAAACUCGCUCACUGGUGCCGUCGGACAAGGACAAGGAUGUGCUAAACAGUGA